GCCAGGAAUAAAUGCACUUGACCAGUUGUUCACUGCCAUUACUCUUGAUUUGAGAUAACAAAUUUAACACACAAGAGAAAAUAAUUUCGUUCGAUUGAUUUUGGGGGUUUCAAGGUCUUGGAAGCUCGAUUUCGACAGGUUUACAACUCCCAAAGCUUUCGGGACUGUUCACCCGCCAUUUUUUACAUGUCCAAGACGGAAGAGAUGAACGGAAUCCUGAAACCACCGCCGUCGUCGGCGGCGCCGGCGGAGUUCACAGCAAAAAUGGUGUCACCACUUCAUACAUUCUUUGCAAUGAUAAUAUGGCUGGGAUCUGUUCAUCUUAUCGUUUUUCUCAACGUUGCUUCCUUCUUAUUGCUCCCUCUUCAUAAAUACUUCAUGGUAUUGGGAAUACUUGUGGUGCUUAUGUUCAUACCUAUUGAUGAGAACAGUAAAUGGGGCAUAUCUGUAGCCAGGUACAUAUACAAACAUGUGAUUGGUUAUUUUCCCGCUACUCUAUACGUUGAGGAUAUCAAAGCUUUCGAUCCUGAUCAAGCUUAUGUUUUUGGGUACGAGCCCCAUUCAGUUUGGCCCAUUGGAUGUGGAAUACUAUCCGAACAUACAGGUUAUAUGCCUAUAAAGAAAGUCAAAAUCCUUGCAAGUACAGCUGUUUUUUACACGCCAUUUCUGAGGCAUUUAUGGACAUGGAUGGGAUUGUCGGCAGCAACAAGGAAAAACUUUUCAUCUCUUUUAAAAUCAGGGUGUAGCUGCAUAGUCAUCCCAGGUGGAGUACAAGAGGCAUUUCACAUGAACCAUGAUUCCGAGGUUGCCUUUUUAAAGGCAAGAAAAGGAUUCAUACGCCUUGCGAUGGAGACCAAUUCCCCUUUGGUUCCUGUUUUUGCCUUUGGCCAGUCCUAUGUUUACAACUGGUGGAAGCCACGUGGACAGUUCUUUCUCAAACUCUCUCGAGCUAUUAAGUUCACACCCAUUGUCUUUUGGGGUACCUUUUGGUCUCCUAUACCCUUCAGGCGACCAGUUGUUGUGGUAGUUGGUAAACCAAUAUAUUUCAAGAAAAAUUGUACACCCACCAUAGAUGAGAUUUCUGAGGUACAUAGUCAGUUUGUGGAAGCGCUGCAAAAUUUAUUUGAUACACAUAAGGCACGUGCUGGUUAUCCUGAUCUUAAGCUAAGAAUGAUGUGAUACAUGCUGCAUUUGUGUAUUUUUACGUGUUCUUGUUUAUGUCUAGAUUAGUUCUUACCCAUAGAUAGAAGCAGGUUAAAGAAUAAAGUUAUGAAGGAAUUAAAUUAUGAGGAAAUUAGUUGGAACACAAUAAAUAAUUAUGUUGUACAAUUUGUUUCCAAAAUCAUUGGUUGGCUUUUGGAUCA